AUGACAGACUUCACGAACCGGAGCCAGAGCAGUGCGCGCCGCAGUGACUACGUGUGGCAGUACGAGUACUACGACGACGAGGAGCCGGUGUCGUUUGAGGGACUGCGCGCGCACAGAUACUCCAUCGUGAUCGGCUUCUGGGUGGGUCUCGCCGUCUUUGUCAUCUUCAUGUUCUUUGUCCUGACUCUGCUCACCAAGACGGGAGCUCCACACCAGGAUUCCUCGGACCCUGAGAGCUGUCAUCGUGUUGGGAACAGUCUAAACGGUCUCCACGGCGACAACGACUCGGACAAAGCCUUCUCGCGUCCUCUGCUCCACGACUCCCGCUCCUACUUUCACUUCUACAUCAGCCAGAACCCCAGGCCCCGGCAGGAUACACUCCAGGUCCCCGCGGCGCCGCUGAAGCCCUCAGAACCCUGGGAACCGGACCUGAGUCUGGGACCAGGAGGAGACGGCGUGAGGGCAGACCCGGACUUCACCAUCCCCAACUUUGUGAACCUGGAGCAGGCCUCAGCGCUGGGGGAGGAGCUGGGCGAGGGGCUGGGGGAGGUGGAGCUGGGGGAGGAGGACCUGGUGUUUGAGCCGUCUGAGACUCUGGAGAGACAGGCCCAGGCGCUGCACUGCGGCACCAGCUGGAGCAAAACUUCACCAUGA